AUGGACAGCACCGGCAACGCCACCCUGCUCUUCGGCACCGGCAACGCCACCCUGCUCUUCGGCCCCGACAACGCCACCCUGCUCUUCGGCCCGUCCACGCUGCCUCCGGACAAUUACACCUUGUCGCCCACCGCCAGCAGCCUGAGUCCCGGCCCGGACGCACCCCUCGCGCCGGCCUCCAGCGCCGGCCCGGGCCCCGUGCUCAGUGUGGCGCCGGGGCCCGGGGUCAGCUUCAGCCCCGGGCCCACUCAUGAGUGUGCAAGCAAGGCUCUUUGGCUCAAAGCUGUUCCAACUUCUGUCCAUUCCCUUUCCUGCAGCAUCAUCAUGACCAUCUCCUCCACCCUCCUGGCCCUGGUCUUGAUGCCCCUGUGCCUGUGGAUCUACAGCCGGCCUUGGAUUGACACUCCCCUGGUGCAGUUACUGCCCAUAGGGACGGUGAUCCUGACGCUUUGCAGCACUCUCAUCCCCAUCGGUUUGGGCGUCUUCAUCCGCCACAGAUACAGCCGGGUGGCCGACUACAUCGUGAAGAUUUCCCUAUGGUCUCUGCUAAUGACGCUGGUGGUCCUUUUCAUAUUGACCGGCACUAUGUUAGGACCUGAACUGUUGGCCAGUAUUCCAGCAGCUGUUUAUGUGGUAGCGAUUUUUAUGCCUUUGGCAGGCUAUGCCUCCGGCUAUGGCUUAGCUACUGUCUUCCAUCUUCCUCCCAACUGCAAGAGGACGGUGAGCCUGGAAACAGGGAGCCAGAAUGUGCAGCUCUGUACCGCCAUCCUGAAACUGGCAUUUCCACCACAAAACAUAGGAAGUAUGUACAUGUUUCCCUUGCUUUAUGCCCUUUUCCAGUCUGCAGAAGCAGGGAUUUUUGUUUUAAUAUAUAAAAUGUAUGGAAGUGGAGUACUGCACAAGCAAGAUCCUCUAGAUGAAGAUGAAGAUACAGAUAUUUCUUAUAAGAAACUGAAAGAAGAGGAAAUGGCAGACACGUCCUAUGGCACAGUGAAAGCAGAUAAUUUAAUUAUGAUGGAAACCACUCAGACUUCACUCUAAAUAUGGAAAUACACAGGAGAGUUUAUCUUGCUGAAAUACUACUUCAUAUUUAUGGUCUGUCGUAGUGUCUAUGGUUUACAUAAAGAACAACAACUGGUUCACAUCAUUAUACAUGUAACAAUUUUGAUGUACCCACGAUAAGGUUGCAUUGGUGUAUUAACCAAGCAUUUACAUAAAUGACAAAUCAGUGUUGUAAUUUGCACUUGGGACUGCUAGGUUGA